AUGGUCAUCUUGGUUCCACUGCCUUCAGCUUAUUCGUUCUUUGAUGCGGCUCCCAGACCGGGGAAAGUCUCUCCCGUGAGCGUCGAUCAGCCUUACCGUGGCUCGCCAGGAGAAGACAUAUUUGCUCACUUUCAAAGAGAGAGAGAGAACGACUCGGGAGCCGCAGACGAGUCGGAGAAGGCAGCAGCCGAGGCCUUGGUCUGCGGCCCGCUAGCGAUCCCUCGCGAGAACCACGUGGGCAUGGCUGUCACGCUGCCGACCGCCUGUCUUGACCCCAAGAUGUCGACGGUGCUGUCCCGCUACUGGGGCGCAGGAAAAGUUCUAACGCAGGGGUGGCCCCCCGUACCUGGUGGUGCGCACCCCCCGGACCGCGAGCGGCGCGACCGCUACUCCCUGUGGCUGCACGCGCGCGACGGGGGGACGCCCCCCCACGAGGCGGCCACGCGCGUGCACGUGCGCGUCACCGACGAGAACGACAACGCCCCCCGCUUCACGCAGAGCCAGAUGACGGUGGAGAUCCCGGAGAACUCGCCGGUGGGGACGCCGGUGGUGCGCGUGCAGGCCAGCGACCCCGACGAGGGCGAGAACGGAAAGGUCCAGUACCGCCUCGCAUCCUGGUCGUCCUCCUCCUCGUCGUCCCAGCCGAUACCUCCGAUGUCGUCGUCGCUGUUGUCUCUCGCAUCAUCGUCCUCGUUGACGCCUUCGUCCUCCUCCUCCUCCUCCUCCUCGUCGCCGCCGUCGUCGGUCAAGCCUCGUCGACGGCCGGACACGGCUCUGUUCUGGCUGGAUUCGUCAUCGGGCCUCGUCGUCGUGUGGGGCCUGCUGGACCGCGAGGAGGCGGACAUCCACCGCUUGGUCAUCGUGGCGACGGACUGUGCGCCUUCGCGACCGGCGAGCGCCACGGCCACGCUCACCAUCAUCGUGGGUGACGAGAACGACACGCCGCCCGAGAUCGAGCUGCGCAUCAUCGCCCGCACCGAGGGGGACGCCGUGACGGCCGAGGACGCGGACGACGACGACGACGGCGGCGACGGCGAGGUGAGAGGAACGGCUUCGGCGGCGACGGUCGUCGUCUCGGAAGCAUCCCCUCCGGGCUUCCCCAUCGCGCUCAUCUCGGUGUCGGACCGCGACUCGGGCAGCGGCGGUGUCGUCUCGCUGUCCAUCUCCCUCGACGGCGACGAGGAAAGCGCCGGCAAGGACGACGGGGAUGAGGCCAGCGCCGCCGCCGCCGAUCUGCCGUUCCGGGUCCGGCGCCUCCCGCCGUCGCCCGACCGCUACCUGCUGGAGACGGGCGUGGGGCUGGACAGGGAGCGGCGCGAGAGGCACGUCGUGCGCGUCGUGGCCAAGGACUCGGGCGUGCCGCGCCUCUCCAGCACGGCCGUCGUGUUCGUGCGCGUCGCGGAUGCCAACGACAACCCGCCCGCGUUCCCGCGCCUAGUAUACGAGGCCGCCGUCGCGGAGAACGGCCCGCCGGGCUUGCGCGUUGCCUCGGUGACGGCGACGGACGCUGACGUGGGCAAGAACGGCGCCGUCGUCUAUUCCAUCGAAAGGGUGAUCGCCCUGAGGAUGGGCGCCGGAGGGGCCGACACGGCCGGAGGCGGCGACGCGACCGCCUCCCGGGCCGCCGACGCCGCCGGCACCGUGCGCCCCCCUACCGUCGUACGGCCCUCAUUGUCGGCCUUCCGCAUUGAGCUCACGACGGGCCUGGUGACCGCCUCGCAGAGCCUCGACCGGGAGGACGCCCCCGGCGGCUACGCUCUCGCCGUUGUCGCGAGGGACCGGGGCGUCCCGCCGCUCUCGGCGACGGCCACCGUGAUUGUGCGCAUCCUCGACCGCAACGACAACGCGCCGCAGUUCGAGCUGCCUGAUUUCCACUUCUACGUCCGCGAGAAUCAACCGGCCGGCAACAUCAUCGGCCGCGUGUCCGCGUGGGACCCCGACGAGGGUGACAAUGGGAAGCUGGAGUAUGCGAUAACCGUCGUAAACGGGGAGGAGUUCGACAAGAACGACGCCAAGCAUCGCGCGGAGGUCUGGGACCAGGAUCCGAACCGGCACGCGGCCGACGACGGGGAAUCGACGUCGUUGUCUUCGCUGUCCUCCUCGUCGUCCCAGCAGCCGUUGUUUAGCAUCGAUCCUGACACGGGGGUGAUCCGGGCCGGGUUCUCCUUCGACCGCGAGAAGCAGCACUUCUACACGCUGGAAGUGCGCGCGCGCGACCUCGACCAGACGCCCACGUCGCGCCUCAGCUCCUCGGCCCGUGUCUUCAUCCACGUGGUGGAUGAGGACGACAACGCCCCCGAGUUCCUCGCACCCAAGACCAACUCGACGUUCGUGUUCGUCGAGACGACGGGGGGCGCCGUGCCGGGCACCACCGUCUACCCCGUCUCAGCCAUCGACCCAGACUCCCUGCCGCCCGUGCCUCGGCGCGAAGACGUGGCGGCCGCGGUCGUGGCGGCGGCGGAUGAGACCAAGUCGGCAUCGUCGUCGUCGGCGACGUCCACCGCCAAGUCUCCGAUGGCGCCGAUGCAGUACUCGAUCGAUGGCGGGAACCCACGGGGCCUCUUCGCCAUCGACGCUCGCACGGGCCUCGUGACGGUGCGGGAGGCGCUGACGGACGAGCAUGCGGGUCUGCACCGCCUGGUGCUGUGCGCCCGCGACACGCGGCACCGGGCCGUCGCGCUGCUGCACGUGUUCGCCAACGCAACGCUGGACGACGUGACGGCCGUCAACCGCCUCAUCACGCGCAGCCUCGCCACGCCGCUCUCCAAGAACGUGUCCGGCCUCGGUGGGCCGUUGGGCUUCGACGACGACGGCGACGAAGACGGCAAGCAGAGCAGGCUGCUGCUCGUGGCCGCCGCCCUCGCCCUGGCGGCUGUGCUGGCUGUAGUGGCACUGCUGGCGCUGCUGGUCGCCCUCGCGCACCACUGGUGCCGCUGCUGCUACGUCUGCCGCUGCUGCUGCCGCUACAAGAAGGAGCACCGCGGCAAGCGCAAGUUUUGCGGCGGCGGCGUCGGGGGCGGCGGCGGGCUGGCACAGGCGGCCGUGGAUUGGCCCAUCUCCAACGAUGACAAGAGCAUCGGCCACGCUGGCAGGCGGGACAAGGGCGAACGAGGGAUCACGGUAGCCUGCACCAUCCUGGGCCACGAGGGGGCGAGGGACAAGCAAGCGUCACUCGCAGAGUCCGUUGCGCAAUACGGCAGACAGGGCAAGAUGAGCGGGAAAGGGCCGGGACGGAAGUCCCCAAGACGGAGAGAGUGGACGUGGGUCAAGACGGAGCCGCCGGUGCAGGAAGGGAGAAGGAGGAGUUCCGGUGGGAAGGAGGAGAAGGACAAGAGCGGAACCCGCGAUGGGGCCGUGGGGUCACUGCUGCCCGCGGGGUCACUGCUGCCCGCGGGGUCACUGCUGCCUGCGGGGUCACUGCUGCCCGCGGGGUCACUGCUGUCCGUGGGGUCACUGCUUCCCGUGGGGUCACUGCUUCCCGCGGGGUCACUGCUGCCCGCGGGGUCACUGCUGCCCGUGGGGUCACUGCUGCCCACGGGGUCACUGCUGCCCGUGGAGUCACUGCUUCCCGCGGGGUCACUGCUUCCCGCGGGGUCACUGCUGCCCGUGGGGUCACUGCUUCCCGCGGGGUCACUGCUGCCCGCGGGGUCACUGCUGCCCGUGGGGUCACUGCUGCCCGUGGGGUCACUGCUGCCCGCGGGGUCACUGCUGCCCGCGGGGUCACUGCUGCUGGUGGUGUUGAUGUGA